GUCUCCGAUGCUGGCUUCCUGGCAUUCUGCGCCGCGCUGCAGCCUGCACGGGGGAGGGUGGACUUUGUGAACCUCACCAGCAAUCGAUUGACGUCGGUGUCCUUGACCUGCAUAGCAGCUGCGAUGGAACGGUGGGGUCAAGCGGAUGACAUUGGGCUUCCGCUCUCCGGCCUGGACGUUACCUACAACGAUGCCUCGGUGGAGUCGGUCGUCGCCUUUCGCAGGGCGGUGGCCACGCUCUCCGUGAAGCACCCGGAG